AUGUCCAGUCUGUCCACUCCAUUACUGUCAGGAACGAGCGUUCAGGCUUUAACUUGUUCAGACGUAGAAAGUACCACAUGUACACUCUCUGUCAUGUCUGGGGAUGACACAAGCGCGAAAUUCAUAAUAUCCGGAAGUGAACUGCAGACGACAUCAACAGCAAUCGACUAUGACUCUAUGUCAAGUCAGAAUUUUUUGUAUACACUGGUAGUAAUAGGUGUAGACACGCCCGAUUCUCCAAGCACCGCCCAAACCGCCACAGCUACAGUUUACGUUACAGUGACAUCAAAGAACGAUAAUACUCCAUCUAUCUCCGGUCCAUCAACAGCAACGGUGUCGGAGGACAGCGCGGCAGGAACAACAGUAUGCACCAUGACCGCCUCGGACGCAGAUGAAGGCAGCGACGGUACCCUGUUCUACAGUAUUACUGGCGGUAAUACGGGUGGAGUAUUUGGAGUCUCUUCCACCGGGGGGAUUGUUCAUCUGACGGAAACACUUGAUUUCGAAACUACGGCGUCAUAUGAAUUAAUAAUCGAGGUAACAGAUGGUGGAACCAGUGCACUAACAGCGACAUCUACCGUCACAAUCACAGUGUCGGACGUAAACGAUAAUUCACCUUCCUGUUCCUCAGCCCCGUAUGUUUACUCUGUCAACGAGCAGACGUCUGCAACGCCAGUGACGGUAACAACCCUAGCGUGCACAGAUGGAGACACGGGUACUUCACUUCAAUAUGCCAUUACAUCAGGAAACUCAGAAACCUGCUUCGCCAUGGACGCUUCCACCGGCGUCUUGACAACAGCGUGUACUUUGGAUUAUGACACCGGAAGUCAGAGCUACGCUUUAGUUACCACGGUGACGGAUGGUACUUUCACAUCAACUGUGACGCUUGCUAUAAACGUAGUUCCUGUCAACGAGUUCACCCCCAGCUUCGGAUCAAGCUCCACGGUUACCAUUGCUGAAAGUACUGAUGUUGGCACAUCUAUACUAUCAUAUGCAGCGUCGGAUUCUGAUGUGUCUCCACAUAAUGUAGAAAAAUAUGAAAUCGCUUCCGUAACGAACAGUGGGUCCAACUUCUUUGCCGUCGAUAUGACGUCAGGGGAUAUCUACUUAUCUCAAGCUAUUGACUUUGAAACAACACAAACUUACGUCAUCAUAGUGGAGGCAACUGACGGUGACGACCUAACGGGGACUGGAACAGUUACAGUGAGUAUUACUGACGUAAACGACAAUACGCCAUCUUGUUCUCCAACAGCACACGUGGCCAGCGUAUCAGAGACCGCAGCUUUGAACACGGUUCUUAUUGCUGAUCUAUCCUGUUCUGAUGGAGACGCUGGUACAUCGCUUGUUUACACUGUCACUUCACAGCCAGUGUCGACACACUUCGACGUGUCCAACACCGCCGGAGUUGCCUCCCUUGUUGUUAAUGGUGCACUGGAUUACGAGACUACCAGCUAUUAUGACUUGUCCAUCAGCGUCACUGAUGGCUCUACCUCCGCAACUGUUAUCGUGGCUGUUAACAUAGGAAAUGUGAACGAGGCUGGCCCAGUUUUUAAUCCUACUACAUAUGACGUGACGUUUUCCGAGGCGACAUCUAUCGGAAGUGUUCUGGCAACCGUGACCGCUACCGACGCAGACACUGAUACUAUCACCUAUUCCUUUGUUACAUCGUACAGUGGGUUCACCAUAGAUUCCUCUAUUGGUACCAUCUCCUUGGCGACGAGUUUGGACUACGAGACCGCAACAUCGCACGUGCUUCUGGUACAUGCAGAUGAUGGUAACCUAUCAUCCACUGCUACCAUUACCAUCACUGUGACUGACGUCACUGAAACAUCGUCGACAGCUUCGUCAUCUUCGUCGUCGUCAUCAUCUACGACAUCCUCAUGCGCGUCAUCUACGAAAUCUUCUUGCGCGUCGAUCUUCGAGAGUGUAACUGGAAUAGCUGUGUUAGGUGGUGCUGGGGCGGUGGCCUUGAUAGGAAUCUCAACACUUAUAGCAGGAAUCGUGAAACUCCGCAGUGCCUCAAGUCUGGCGCCCGGGUCCGCUAAGCUGACAAAAGUUGGAAAGGUACAAGAUAAAACCCCAGAGAGACCCCAGGCAUGGACGAGUGGGAAAUCAAAAGUUGACCCUUUCACGGGUAGGCCGAUGAACACCAGAUUGCCGCCUCGCUUCUGA